AGUUUAUUCAAAUAAUGGUGAUUGAUAGUUCAAAGACGGAGUAUUUGGAUUUAAACAUAUGGUCUGUGGAUUAUUGGGUUUCAGAAACUGAUUUGGAAAUCCCUUCUUUUAUCUGAAUUUUUCAUUGCAAAGUACAACUUUGAAGCUAACAGAACCAGGAAAAAUGAUGGAAUAGCAUAAGAUAAGAAGUCGAGGGAGGGAGGGUAUUGCAAUAUAGCAAGUUAUAUCUCUUGCUAGACUAUAUAUAGAACCCAAAUGAUGGUCCUGAUGCAGUCCUCGCAGGCAUUUUGAUCACUAGAAAGCAGUUUUAUGUGUGUUGUUUGGUGAUGGGCAUCCCAGUUUCCCCAACAUGUAUAUCUUGCUUUAGUUUUGGAUUCACAAUGUGCAGUAGGGAAAUGACAGCAAGUAUCAAACGGAAUUUGUUCACUAGUUGGUUCUUGAUAUCCUGUGAUCUAUCAUAAUGGCUGGGUGUUACUUUUGUAGUUUUAGUUUGCUUUUUUGUUCUUGAUGUGGAGUAUUCUGGCUUCAAAUAGUGGUGUUUUGCAGGGCAUUGACCAGUGUUUGAUUCAGGAGCAGAAUAAACUCUUUAAAGGGUGACUAGGUAAAUAGCAGCCGACAAGCAAUGCCUGUAAUAGUUCCAUGGCCAUGAUGAAGCUGUUUGAUGCUCAUUGUCACCUACAAGAUCCGAGGGUGUUCAAUAUGGCCCCACAGAUAAUCAGGAAAGCGCUUGAUAAUGGGGUUGCUCAUUUUGCUGUCAAUGGAGUCAGUGAGAGUGACUGGCAUUUGGUUAAGGAGAUGAGUGAUAGGCAUCCUUCGGUGAUUCCAAAUUUUGGGAUCCAUCCAUGGUUUGUUGCUGACAGAACUCCCAAUUGGCUGAACACUUUGAAGGAAUUCUUUGAGGCUAAUCCUGCAGCUUCAGUUGGAGAGAUAGGUUUGGACAAAGGUUCACGUGGGAAGCAGAUUGAUUUUACAGACCAGGUUGAAGUUUUCCGACAGCAACUUCAGCUUGCUAAAGAGUUGAAAAGACCAGCAUCUAUCCACUGUGUGCGAGCUUUUGGUGAUUUACUUGAUAUACUGAAAUCUGAAGGACCAUUCCCUGCUGGUGUGCUUUUGCAUUCUUUCUUGGGUUCUGCCGAAAUGGUUCCUGAAUUUGCUAAGCUUGGUGCGUACUUUUCCUUUUCGGGGUUUCUUAUGUCCAUGAAGGAAACCAAGGCAAGGAAAAUGUUGAAGUCUGUUCCUCGUGAUAGAAUUUUGUUGGAGACAGAUGCACCCGAUGCUCUUCCAAAAUCAAACAAUUCAGAUUCUCUUCUUGUGAUUGGAAGUCCUGAUGAAGAUUCAACUACCAAGGACAGUCCCUUGUUUGAGAAUGCAUCUAUAAAGGAAACCAACAAAUCAACUUUGGAGACAGAAAACCUUAAUCAUCCUGCUAACAUUCACCAUGUACUGUCUUAUGUAGCAUCUUUGCUUGAUAUGACUAGGGAAGAACUUGCUGAAAUUAGUUAUGGAAAUGCGGUAAACCUCUUCACUUAUGAAGGUUCCAAGAAAUAUAACUAACAGGUAUUAGUGGCUGGUCUAGUGCCUACUUGUUCCACAAUAUCAAUCCAACGAAGUGGAGUAAAAGAGACUUGGAGGUCUAGAAAUCGAUCUGAAGCUUCUUUGUAAUUUCUGUUGUGACCGACAUAUUUUUACUGGUGCAUACUGCAAGAAACCUGCUUUCCAGUCAGAUAGGUUUACGUGUUGAUGUGGCUGUCGCUAGAGAAAGUUCUGGCUAACUUGGAGGACAUUGAACUACUACCAGGAUAUCUUGCACUCUUUUGUAUGACUUGCAAUUUAUCAUGGUCUACCAGUAAUGCUACGUAUAGAUACAGAAGUGUUUAUGUUCUGCAGCAGCAUCAGCAAAAGCUAUAUCCUUUUGUGCUAUGUCUUUUAUGUUUCUAAAAUCUUAGGUUCGUUGGAAUUUUUUUCUCAAUUAUGGUGCCCUUGUACAUAAUCGAACAUAAAAAAGAUUCGCAUACAUAAAUGGAUCCUGCACUCAAUGCCA